GCCGAGAUGACCGAACAGCAUUAUUACCUUUGAAUAAUAGGGGGUUUAGCAAACAUAAGAGGAGCUGGGGCUGCUGACUUGAUCUACUUGCUGCAACCUUUUCGAGGUGACCCUUUGGCGCUUGCGGGAAAGAGAAUAGAAGCACCACACCACUUAAAGCGUAGAUUCAAAGCUGUUGGUAGAUAUUCUUCAACACAUUUGUAAUUCCGAGUUUUCACUCAUUAGCAGACCAUUGCCUGGACAAUCACCCGACAGCUGCUGCUGAAGUGAAAGCGGUUUCGCGGCAUUCAGAAAGGUUAUGUGACGAUGUACAGAGGGUGCUUGGUGUAUAUGGAGAUUCCCACUCGCUUGGAGCAGGUGUAUGAAUUGCCAUUGGGAACGCAAAAGGGAAUACCCAAAGGGGGAUCAUAAGCGUUGGGAAAUCUGGAAUGCGUUGUUGCAAAAUAUAUCCUGAUUGAAGGUUGCUGGAUGAUGUCGAUGGGUUGAGAUACUUCGACAAAAUCUGGGAUUGAGCAAUUUUCAAAAAUGGUGGCCCUCCUGCCAGAAUAGCUAGCUGCUUUGUCCAUCUUCACAUUGUAUGGCCAUGCAUGCUCUCUGAAUGACAGCAGGAUCUACUACUCAUGGGCCGUUUCUUCUUGCCUUUCAACAUUGUCCAUGUUUUGAGAGAUGAAGAUAAUUUCAUUUCCUGUUCUUGUGUUUACUUUUAACAUGGCGUAGCCAGCGAUCCAGCAACACACAUUGACUCCCAAUGUGUAAUGUAUUCCGGCUCGCCGACUCGACUGUCAAUCGAAACCAUGAACAAGCCUCAAGCCUGAGGGAACGAGUAACUAGUCAUUUAGUUAUUUAACUGUCGCUGAUUGGUUUGGUAGUGCUAGUAACUAGCGUAGCGUCAGGGUUAACAAACCCGAGCAAGUUAUUUAUUUUGGCAGCCUGAAGAUUCACCAUCCAUCACAUUCAGACGCGUGGCAGCGAGAUUCUUUCCUUAUCGAAUUCUUCAUUUCCCAUAUCUCGCCGUUCUCUGUAACUACAGAACACGGAACCCAAAGAAGCGAAGCAAAUGUCCCAUGCUCAGGUCGUGCGAAAGAUCCCAAAGAAGUCGCGCAACGGCUGCCAACAAUGCAAAGCAAGAAAAGUGAAGUGUGACGAACAAGCACCGUGUUGCCGCAACUGCAAGUAUCGCAAAGUGAACUGCAGCUAUCAGUUGCAAUGGGGUCAACCAUCUAGCUUCAUACCAUCUCGAUAUAGUAACCCUCAGCCUGCCCAACCGUCGAAUGAAGUGCAAAAGAACAACUUGCUCCCGUCUUCCCGCCCCCCCCUUAUUCCUCCUACCCGCUUAGCACACAAUGGAACCACGCCAUUACAGGAGCUCGAGUUAAUGCAUCAUUAUGCUACUACUGCAUUUGCUGUUUUCGCCGACUACGAAGUGUACAGGUCCAUUUGGCAGGUAGCUGUUCCUCGCGAGGCGCAAUCGUACCAGUUCCUCAUGCAUGUCAUCCUCGCCAUAUCCGCGCUACAUAUCAGUCAUCUUCGCGAGACUUCUGCUCAUGGGAGUGGGUCUUCAUACAAGGAAUUGGCACGCACACAGUACCAUGAUGCGGUGGUUGCAUUUCGCUCGACGGUGCCGCGAAUGACCAAGUCUAAUAGCAGCGCCGUAUUUGCUUUCUCUAAUUUGACAAUCUACUUCGCCUUGGGCUCGUCAAAAUUCUCGGCCGACAAUGGAAGGAUGGAAGAUCCGAUUGGCGAGUUGCUGGACGUGUUUACCCUUCUAAGAACAGCCAUGGAGACUAUACGAUCGUCGUGGGACUCACUUUCAGAUGGCCCGCUCGCUCUGCUCCUUCAACGUGGGCCAGCGAUUACAGACCGUCAGUACCUCCCUCCAGACAUUGCCAUGGGACUAGAACUCAUGGAGCAAUUCUGUCAGAGUGUGACUACCAUUCGAGGUAGCGACGGAACGAUCAAUGAGACUUAUCAAGUCGCCAUCAAGCAGCUCUGGGACUCAUUCGUCAUGGCGGAAACGAAACGCAAAGACUGGUCGAUGGCUCUACGAUUCCCCAUCAUAUUUUCCAAACAGAUUCAGCAGUCCUUGAGGCGGCGAGAUCCAACAGCCCUGGUACUUUUGGCGCACUUUUGUGUUUUGCUCCAUCGAGCGCCAACACGGUGGUGGGCAGACGGUUGGAGCGAGCAAGUUAUUGAUGCUGUUUUUAGAAGUCUAGACCUGCGCUGGAGGCAUGCAAUAGCUUGGCCGAUGAGAGCAAUUGGUGUGGAAAUGCGAAGCAUAGAUUUAGACGCUGCGGAUUGGGAUUUACUUAGUAUAUGAAAUAUUGCAAUGAAUUUUUAUUCUGGUGCGUAGAGCGCCUCAUGCCCUAUUCCCUACUUUGCUCAUCACGAGACAGUUUGCGGACGGAACUAUUCAGAACAAGCGAACUCUAGUAUUCAAUGACACGCCUGAAGCGAUAAAAGGGUCAAGUAUAAAGUAUUGUUUAUCUAUCUAUAUCUGAACAAAAUGCUAAUAGAGAAAUAUGCCCAAAGGAACAAAAUCCAUGAUAAGCGCGAAUGAACGGUAACAUACAAAGUACGAGAAAACCCGCGUCAAUAGAAGCCUCCAAAACCCCCCAGCUUCCAGAUGACCAAAGGAAAAUCGUGAUACAGCAGCGCUUCUGUUGUUCCGAGUACACGCAUCGCUCAAGCUAGGCCCCUCGUUGCGAUAGCAUGCCUCGCAUAUGUUGUCUCCGCGAAACUGGGCCUUUGUUUCCUCAUUGAGUUCGGAUUAUUACCAUGAGUUCCGGCAAGCCCAAGCUCCUCAGGGUGCAUAUCCAUGCCAACGGAUUUCAGCCGAGAAUCUCCCUUCAACAACUCGGAAAUCACACCCGGGUGCAUGACGUUCAGCACCAUCAUAAGAAUCCACAUUAGCGUGGCGUCGAAAAUAUAGAGGUAAAAUUCGCGGCUCAGGAGCGUGCCGUCCGCGCCCUGAAUGUAUUCAAUAAUCCGAAAUAUGGAACGGAUCAUGAUAAGGACGGAGACGGCGUAAAGAGAAUAGAGGUAUUUACUCCAGGAAACCUGGAUAGAUAGUGAUGCUGUCGUUGGCCUAGCAGCCAUCCGGCGGUGAAAGAUGACCGAGACAAUGAUGAAAAGGCCGAAAAAGAUAAGCUGGAUGCACAGGCCAACGAUGAUCACCUUUUGGCCUAACGAGAGAUUCGACUUUGUACCGCUAGACAUGAUUCCGCCGCCUAAGCUUGCCGUUAGAUGAUCCAUGUAUCCGCACGAGCCGAGAGCCGUUUUGUGAAAGAGAACCUAGCGAUGAAGAGCUGGUAUCGAGAGAUAGUACGUACCACAUCCCUGAACAACAAAGGAAAGGAUGUCACCAGUGACAAAAAUCUUGGUCAUCCAAGUUCUUCGUAUUACCGAAAACUUUUCGCCGUGGAGGAUGGCAAUGAUGCGUCCUAGCUCCAUGUAUAUCGACGCAGCAAACAGAGCUGGAGCUAGCAGUAAAAAUAGGUUUUGGAUAAUGUACGGCGUAUCUGUGAAUAAGGGCGCUUCGGUACUCGAGAUGAUGCGGGCGCUGUAUCCUACAAUCUCAACUGAAUGAUAUGAGCAAGCAAACAUGCAAAGCUCAUACGCCGAAAAUGGCAACAUCAAUCACUCACAGAUUCCCCCAACAACGACAGGGAUGAAAAACCACACACUCCUUUUGACGAGUUGGAAUGUGUGAAAGCCAGUGGUUGGCAAAAAGAGUAUAAUGAAGACUAUGGCCGCAGCCUUGGAAGGGGUAUAUUUGUAGAAGUCAUGAAAUUCUUCAUUGGCCAUCUUGUCUGAAAUUUCGCGAGCCGCAGGAGAAGUGAUAACGUAUGACAAAACUCUCUAUAUAUGUAUGGGAGAAAAGUGAACGAGAGACGGCAACAACAGAUCUAGUAGCAUCAUCCCCUUUUAUAUAAACAGAAAAGGACAUUGCCUGCCAUUGCGAUAGAGCAUCAACAAUUCGGAACAGAAAUAGCAAGACUCGUCAUACAAUCUGGUUUGAAACUGAGCCAGGUCCAAACUUCGCCUCUUAUUGCGUACGUCUUGUGCCAUCUCACUGGACUUGGUCGUGGUUAUAGUUCCUACGUUCGGAUUAAUUUCCACCUUUAGAAUCUUCAACUCAGGGGUCAUGCAAUACUUUCGGCAGAGUCAACUCGGGCGAGGCCGUGUUCGGACACUAGACCAAAUACGGACUAGUAAGCUGGACCAAUCCGAAACCUUAAAAGUCCCGAAGUCGAUCUGGACCGAUAUUCCGAAAUCAAGGACCGGUAGUUUCUUUCUACAGACUUUGAAUAUUAUUAUUGUGUUGUAUGGAAACUGGAGCUUAGCCAGGACAAUACCUAAAAUUUAAAAUUGGAACUUCAUGCGCUUAUUGGAAAGUGGCACCAGCCGUUGAAUUCCCUGAUGAAUGGGGUGUCGAUAUCUCAGAGCGCAAUCCACUUCGAUCGGCGGCAAGAGACAGCUUAUCCUGCGUUCGAUUAGUUCCUGGAAGCCAGGGAAAAGUCACACUGACACAUAUUAACGCUUCGCCUUUAUGAAGGCGCCACGGCCGUGAUUUGUGAGUAGCUGGUUCUAAUCGCGAUCGUUUUCGCAGCAAGAAAUAUAUUCAUUCCCCUUGGUGCUUGGCUUCCCAACGUCCGCUGCACAAUCAGGCGGAGGAUUAAUACCGGUGCAAAACGGUCCAUGCAUAUUUCAGAAAGGAAAUUUCGAGAAAAUGAACAAAUCCACGAAUAAGUUUAAUGGACAGGAUGAAAGCAGAAGUAAAAUUUCUAGAGCAGGCGGACUGUUCCCCUUAAAAUGCCUUAUUAACUAUCACGCAGUUGUUAUUUACAGUUUAGCAUUUCCCGAAAUUUCUGCCUUGGACGCAAACGUCGGGGGGUUAGGGUCCAGGGGACCCUGAAGCCAGUUUACCAUCCUACGUACCGCAGUGAUAGGAUUCAAGCCGUCCGCUGAGCAAAGGAAUGAAGUGUUAAUAGCGAGCAGAACAUAAAAGGUGAUAAGGAGAAACACACCGUAACCGAUAAAGGGUGCGUGGAUCUGAUAUCCCAUCAUUUCAACAAUGCGUCGUGGGAUCUCAGUGAGUCUUCGAGGGUCGACUGCAAGAAUUUGGUUUUCGAUUGGUCGGACCUAUGGGGGAUCGGUAUGUCAGCGGAGUCAUUACAAUUACCCAGCGUAAGGAGGUGUUAGUUCCUCACAUAGGGCUGGCAGUAUUGGACCGUCGCGCUCUUUCGGGGGUUAAGGGAGUUGUUUGGUCCGCCACAAUGCCACGUUGUGGCAAGGAAGUAGACGACGCUCCCUGGGGGACAGGUCAUCGGCACAGUCUCGUCGUACUUUGGACGCCGGUCGGCCCCCCAAGUAUGACUACCGGGGAUGAUGCGUGUGGCGCCAUUCUCGGCAGUGAAUUCAUCGAAUGCUUUCAAAGGACAAAGUCAGCGAAAUCUGCUUUGUCGCAGCGGCCCCUUGGAAUGCCGUACCUAGAAUUAUCGCACUUCCCAGUGGCAUACGUGGACGUGGGACAUGACAGAAAGAGUCAUCUACAAGCUUCGAGAUUCCGUUAGCCAUCGACAAACCUUGACUGUCAUUAACUUCGCGGGCGUACCGUGAUGCAAGCCUUGGUGGGCUUCACCGGGGUUGAUCUGGAUGGUAUGAAAAGCAGUGAUAUUGUACCCCGUGUCCAAGAAGUAGUCAUUCAAGGUAAGCACACGAGGGAGCAUUGCGAACUUGUCGAACGCUCUCGUCCUAUGGUCUCAAGAAAUAGACAUUAACCUCAUCCUAUAACAAGUAACAAUCUUCAGAUAUUGCCGUGGUAGAGACCCGUACAUGUAUGUACUGUACAUACUUGUUCAAUAGCGAAUAUAUCCGAUUCGUAUUUAGCCCUUCAAACGCGUUCCGACCUUUGAUCGGAUCGGAGCCACUUAGCCGGUCGAUCUGAGCCUUUGCGGCGUCCGCCUCUUCCGUGGUGAAGCAGUUCUCAAGCACGACGUAGCCGUGACGGAGACAGUGCUCCACGUUGGCCCGAUCAACAGGGUCUGCAGGCAGGGGCCCUUUCAUCAUGCCCAGCGCCUGGAGCUGCGCUUCUAGCGAAGGUGUAGCCAUGGUGCAAGCCAAGUUUGAAGUUUCGUAGUGAAAAUUAUCAGAGCGCUCACGGGAAAAAUAGCGUAGCAGAAUUCAAAUUGCCCAAUGCUGCGGCGGAAUAGUAGAGAAUAGCGACCGUAUUAAAUAUGAGAACAGGAAGUAAAUAAAAGGAAUAAUUGACCGAC